GAUAAUUGUUCUCGCAUUAUUGGCUUACAGUGUAGAAUCACGAAAAGUAAUUGAAAAAUGUGAUGGUGUGAUAGACGUAAAUAAUGCUGAAGAGGAAGUUUUAAAGAACAACAUAGGAAGUCCAUACCAGUUAGCAAUUGAUCGUGAUAAAGAUACGCUAUUUUUUAGUUAUACCCGCGAAGAGAAAGGAGAAUCAAUUUUUGAACUAGCAUUCAUUAAUCUUACAAACAGUGAAUUUAAAACUGUAAACGGUAUUGUUGGUGGUUUCGCCAAUGCUGUAGAUGAAAAAAGUCACACUGUAUAUCUUGGUGGAGAAAACGGAAUAUAUACAUUUGACUAUAAGUCUAAUUUUGCUAACCAUGUGGAUGGUACAAAUCAUAGAGUUUGGCAGAUGUUCUUUAAAAAAUAUUUGUAUUACACUACGUAUCCAGAAGAAGAACUUUAUGUUUUAAAAAAUGGCCAGACUCAAAGAGUAUCUCAAUUAAACAAUACCAGAGCAAUGCUGGUCGCUGUCGAUAACUUUGGAAACAUUUUCUUCUCUAACUCAUCAGGACUGUACAUUUAUGAAGAGCAAAAAGAGAAACCUAAUUCUAUCACUCAUAUGGGUGAUUACAUUAUUAAUAGUUUCACUUCUGAUGUACAAGGAAAUCUAUACUUCUCAACCCCAAAUUCUAUUUACACUAUAGGAUCAAACAAGUCAGUGAAACAACUGAUUGUGUUAGAUGAUGUUUAUGGAUUUGCUAUUGAACAAAACGGAAGCCUGAUUUAUUCCACUGAAGAUAGUAUAAUACGACUUAAGUUGAAUACUAAGCAAUGCUGAAGAUAAUACGUAACACCUAUUUAAUAUUACUUGGUUCAAUAAUUGUGGUAUAAUAAAUAAACACCCAUUUUGUAUCUUAAUAUUUAAAAUAAGUCUAAAGCGGUUGCCAUAAUGUAAUUCAAUUCAAGAAGUGAGAUAGAAAGUAGUAACUUUAGUACGUGAGUUGAAAAUAAACUCUCGAUACUAAAACCCGGUCUGUAAGACUCACAAAAGCUGUACACUUGUAACAAACAUAGGUACUUUAUGGUUUACUGUCUACCGGUGUAGUAUUAAUUUUAAAUCUGUGGAUUACUUGAUCAUUUUACUGGUCCUUUUAUCUAUGUGUCCAAGAAACUUUAAGAUUUUAUAAAGCGUAAUAAUAUUAUCUCUUUCCACUCAAACGCACGUCUUAAGUGCGACAAGUUAAUUCAUCCUUUCGCUCACUUUAUUUCAUUUAGAGAGAGUUUUAUGGCUCAUAAAGUUAGAGCUCGUAGCAGUACCUACCAUUGCUACGUGAUUACAAGAGAUAUAAGAUCUCAGUGGAGACAUCAUAAUUCUUCUUACCUAGUUAAUAAUUUUCAUUUUAAAAAAUCAA